ACACAGAGAGGCCUGGGUUCUUCGGAGAGUGAGAAAUAAAAGGAACGUUGCAGAGCAGUUUCCGAUUCUCAUCUCUCUCUCUCUUCCACCGAUUAGGGUUUGCGUUCUCUUCUACAUUACUCCGUGUGUGCGUGAGUGCAUCGGUGUCCUCGUUGAAAUUGCUCCAGAGAAGAGAGAUAGUCAUGGUUGCUGAUUCGAUCACAGACUCCCAACUGUUCAAUGAGUCUCCGAUUUCGAGAGAUUUCGUCAAGAAGCGGAAGGCGAAUUGGUUUUGGAAACUGAAGCAGUGGAAGAUUGAUGCUCGUCGCAGGCAAUGGAUUUACCAAUGGAAGAGAGCUAACGUAGGUGAAGUAGGGCUAAGAUCUUUGCGUGACAAGCUGAUUGAUAGAAAAUCAGUCACAGCUUGGAGUAAUGAUGAUGAUGAUGAUCAUGAUGGACUACGAUGCUACGGAUUCGCCAAAUGUGAUGAUGAUGAUGUUGUCGAUAGUGACGAUGAGACUGAUCUCUCUGCUAGUAGCCCCACGAGUGUGCUCAAGAACAAAGAUUCGGAUAGUAGUAAGAGUGUGCACGACUGCUUCUGCUGUUCUAAGCAGAUCACUGAGGAAGAGGAAGAAGCGUUUGAUGAUGCGUAUGACAAUUGGGAAGAUUUUAGCGAUGCCUUGAACAGCUUUGAGAGCGAGGGGACUUUACAGCAUGAAGAUAGCCAGAGGAAGAAGUCUUCUCCUCAUAAAGACAAGUGCUGCAAGCAAGAAGCUUCACCAGAAAAAGCGGUUCUUCAUCAUCACAGAGUCGACAGUAGAAAGAACAGUAAAGACAAGUGCAAGCAAGAAGCUUUACCAGAGAAGGCGAUGAUUCAUCGUAAUGUCGGUAGAAAGAAUAAGAAGAAGAAGUCUGAUCAGAAGAAAGAAGGUGGUGGUGGUGGUGGUGACGAGAUAAGUGAAUGUCCUAUUUGCUCUGAAGAGAUGGAUGCAACGGAUCUAAGCUUCUUACCAUGUCCUUGCGGCUUUCGGCUAUGUCUCUUCUGCCAUAAGCAGAUCAACGAAAACGAUGGACGUUGCCCAGCUUGCAGGAACAAGUAUGAGCAGACGAGUAGUAACAGCGGUGAAGUUAGUUUCCAGCAACGUGGCCGUGGCACAGUUCGUUUGUCUCCUUCGUUUAAAGGACUUGACAUAGCUUAAGAGAGAAAGAAGAUCGAGAGUUUUCAUGGAACGUUGAUAAGCCUUUUUACUUUAGUAUAAUAGUUUCUCAUCAGGAACGACAGUUUUGUUUAGAUUGUCAUCUCAGCAAUAAAGGAGUGUAGAUUGGUUUAGGUAUGCAACUAUGGAAGCUGCAUUCUUUUUGUAAGAUUCAGUCUCAUCACAUUUUUUUUCCA